CGAUUUCUGCUUCCACCGCCUGAUGGAAGGACCAUGAGAGAGUAGGAAUCUUUUGAGUCAAACCGCAAGUCAAGAUGAGUGUCGGUCCUGCAGGCGUCGCCGAUCUGUUUUACUUACUGGAAUCGAAUAAACUUGGGGAGGUCGAAGAGACCAAAAAAGUAUUCCAUGAUCAUUUCUUAUGCACAAAAGACAAUUGGCUGGUAAAUGGAUUAUUGGAUUAUUAUCUUUCUACAAAUUCUUCGAGGACAGCAGAAGUAUUAGCAGGUGUACGAGAUCCGCAUGAUAAACAUCUGUUAGAUCGUUUGUCAGACAUUCUUUCAAAACCUGGCAAUAGUGGGCAGAGAUUACAUGCACUCACACUACUUGGGCAUAUAGCCAGACGUCAGCCUACUUGGUUGUACAAGCUAGCCAGUCAUGCUUUAUUCAGAGAUCUACUCAAAUUACUUAAGGUGGAGACAGAUAUAUUACCACUUAUGAGUGCCCUUCUUCUGUUAGUAAUGUUGUUACCAAUGUUACCUGCUGCUCUAGGGCCAUAUUUACCAGAAAUAUUUGAGGUAUUCGGCCGCUUGGCCUCUUAUUAUCAUCAUCAUCAAUCCUUACUUUCUCCUUCUACCCCCUUUACUUCAACCACAGUACCAAAUGUCAUCGACAAGGACCAUUUGUACCUCAUACAUUUGCAGGUAGGAUUAUACAGCUUAUUUCAUAGACUGUACGCGAUGUAUCCUUGCAAUUUUAUAUCAUACCUGAAGCAACAAUACGUUCAACGUGAUCAAUUGGCUACAUUUACUCAUACUAUUAGACCAAUGUUGGAUUCUGUGCGUAUGCACCCUUCUCUUGUUACAGCAUCUAAGGAUGCAGAAAUUUCAGCCACUAGAUGGAAAAAAAUGGAACAUCACGAUAUUGUGAUAGAAUGUGGUCGUUUUACAUUAGACAAAUGUCGGGAGGAAAUUUUAGGAGUAGUUAACUCUCGGUGCACUCCACCUCUUGAUCAAUCUUCCAUCACUUGCGCACCGAUAAACAUUUGUGGCGGAGUAACGACCGUAGAGACUAGUAAUGGGGAAGAUGAUGCGUUUUGGUCACCGAGCAUGACAGUGCCACCGCAUAGCCCGGCACAAAACGCAUCUCAUGAGCCACGCUCUGCUCCGCCGACGCCUAAUAACAAUAGAAGUGGUACUUCCCCGCCCGAGGCUGCUAUAGAAGCUACCCCCGAAACAACUCCUGUUAAGGAUGUACGAAAAUUAUCAACGAGACAAGCGCCUCUGGGAUCCAGCGCAGUGCGUGCUCUAAAUGCGUUGGGCAAUGGCACAUCUUCUCGGCCAUCAACGCCGACCUCCGUAAACUCCGGAAUAAAAAGUGCAGACAUUGCAGCAAAUACACAUGGAUUUCUUUCGAAUAGACUAAGUAAGAUUAUGGUAGACAGACAAAAUGUUUUUCAAUCGCAAAAAUCAUUGAGUAAUAGCGAAGAAAAUGGAAGGCUCUUAGAAAUGGCUAUAAGUCAAAACGGGAAGAAUGAUUCUUGGCAAGAAGAUCAAGAGGUAUUGGAGAUUGUCAGUUCACACGGAAAUGGAGCAGUCGAAAUGCCAAAGUAUGUUGAAGCGCAAUCUGAAACACGAAGCGAGAGAAACACGUAUGGCACUCUAUCUCAUUUAUCGCAAAAGAUUUAUCUUCGACUGUACUCCCAAUGCCAUUUCCCAAUUGAAGAUUCAAAUUCAAAUGUAACGCACAAAAUUCGACACUCCAGAUCUUGUCCGGACAUGGAAAUGCAGAGAAAAUGUUAUAGCGAAGACGUGACGGAUCAAGCAAAGGGACGUGAGGAUACCGGCAGUCAAACAUGUGAUUUAUUUCCAUACGAGCAUCUGCUGCUAGGAAUGUUAGAUCAGAACAAUCAAAACUUUAGUCAAGAAAGUUCAGAUUCGAGAAUGUCGCCAAUUAGCAUGCUCGAUCGAUAUAUUGAGGCUUGCACGAGAACGAAUAGCUUUUCUAGUAAAACGAGAACAAAUGGUACCAGGCAGAAACAAAAAAAGAAAGGAGAGGAGGAUACGGAAGAAGAUGUAACAGAAGACGAUAGUAUAGAUCCAACUUGUGCUAAUCAGUCACUUCAACUUAUGCAAAUGCAACUGCAAUUUGAACGGCAGCGACGGGAAGUUCAUGCUGAGCGUAAUCGACGUCUGCUCGGUAAAUUAAGGGUCUGUUUAUAUUUUUAUACAUAAUAUUUAUUAAAUUUUUAUGCGACUACUGAGCGUUUAAAAAUGAUCGAAAGAGAAGUGGAAGAACUGAAAGCGCAAUUGGAGCAUAAUAAGAGGGAAGCCCAUCAGGCCGAGGAACAAUAUAAAGAAGCUAUGCAUCAUUGGCAAACUAAAUGCAUCGAAGAACAACGACAAAGCCAUGCGUUCAGAGAUCGCCUAGAGAAUCUAGAAUUGGAAUUAAAAAACGAACAAAAGAAGACGAUUGAAUCACAGCAACAACUUCGUUCUGUCGAGGCGGAACUUUUCAAUGCAGGACACCAGCUUAAGACAGCACUGAAGGCUGCGGACCGUGGCAAGGAACUGGAAAAUAUUGUAGAUACUAUGCAGAAAAAGUUUGUGCUUUUAGGAGAGGCGCAAUUAAGAUUAGAAGAAAAUGCAAGUACUUUCUCACCGACAACCAAGCAAGAAACAGCGCAGAUUCAGAAAUCGUGUACAGAAGAGUUAAACAAUGUUCGGCGACAAUUGGAAUCACGAUCGUCACAUUUGGAAGCCCUGAAAGCACGCUUAAGUGAAGUAGAAAAUAAGGACGCGCGUAAGGAGACGCAACUGGUGAAUCUGCAACGGCUCCUGCAAGAGACAAAGGAGCAACACGCGUCUGAAUUGGAGGCCGUUGAAUCCAAGUAUCGGGCACAAGUGGAGAUCAUUCUUCUUCAAGAAGGCCGUAUACUUGAGCUUCAUGGUAAACUGGAGACCGCGACGUAUUCCAACGCUUCGCCCAUAGGUAAUCCCGCUUCUUCAGCAUCGCCUAAGGAACGAUCUCCUCCUCUCUCAACCAGCUUAGCUUCGUCCAGCGAGGGCAGUCUCGCAUUUAUCCAUCCGGGCGCCGGGAUCAUCAUGAACGAUUGCUGCGACACCGCGACGGGUGAAAUCCCAAAUUUACAAGCUAUGAUAGAACCUAUACCGAGUAGCAGUCAAACCACCUCACCGUCACGCUCCGUCACUCAACGAUCAUCGACGCCGAAACAAGAUUAACGCCACGGAAAUGUUUAUUGCGAUGUGAGUCUCUCAUAUACCGCCGGCAGACGGUAUACGGGAUUAUUAUUGAAGAUUAUAUUUGCGAAUGCGCUGCGAUCAUUACUUAGUAUCGCAGUACGAAUGGAAAGAAAGUUAUUUGUAGCUUUUUAUCGAUAGAGUAGACGAGAUUCGUAAGGAAGUUGUACUAAUCGGCUGAUUGCGAUCGAACAGGCAUACUAUGUUUGUUAGUGUUGGUAUAUCUCCGCUCUUGGAAAAAAUGGAUUUACAGUGAAUAAAUGGUUGAGAUAUUUUGCUGACCA